AUGCAGGACGUUCUGCGCUACAUACGAGGAGAAUGGCCUUCGAAAGCGGCUCUUCGAGUCAACGCUGUGCCGUUCUUUAAGGUUCGCACGGAGCUGUCAGAAGUUGAUGGACUACUGCUGCGCGGGGAUAGGAUUGUUGUGCCACCUGCGUUAGUGUCAAGGGUAAUUGGCCUGGCGCAUGAGGCACAUCCGGGCAUAGUGCGUACAAAGCAGCGCUUGCGUCAACUGUACUGGUGGCCUGCGAUGGACAGCAACGUUGAAUCUGCUAUCCGGGGCUGCGACAUAUGCCAAACAGCGGACAAGUCCGCGAAGACGGCACCUGCUCCACUCACUCCUGUGAAACUUCCAGAGGGACCUUGGGAAAAAGUCAGCAUGGACGUUGUUGGUCCUUUUGAAAAGGCCCCACAGAACUGCCGGUACAUGAUCACCUUGAUAGACUACCAAAGUCGGUGGCCCGAACUGUUCUUUUCGAAUACAGUCACAACUGCAACUGUUAUCGGGUUUCUGCGCCAAAUCUUCAGCAGGGAAGGCUACCCCGUUGAAAUUCUGACUGAUAACGGCUGCCAAUUCAUUUCCCACGAGUUUCGUGCUUUUCUCCAAGAACGAGGAAUUCGCCACAUACGCUCCUCAGUCUACCAUCCACAAGGAAAUGGCAUGAUCGAGAGGUUCAACAAGGUACUAAAAAGUUUCGUCCAAGUGGCGCAGUUAGAGAACCGUCCAAUCAAAGAGGCCGUACUGGAAUACAUCGGGUGUAUCGUGCUACACCUCACUCGUCCACGGGACUAG